AUGGCGCGGUUGCGUGGCUGUGCGCUCGUGGCGGCGAUGCUGCUCGCUGCCCUCGUGGCUGGCAGUCGCUCUGCUACGGCGCAAAAGAAGAACAGCCACAACCUCAUAGGCGAGGUGAUGAAGGCGUUGGCGUCGGAGUGGGCGGACAACAACCUAGCGUCGCUGACAUGCGAGACCGCCCCGGACGUGCUGCUCUGCAACGACCAGGGCCAAGUCGUCUCCAUGCAGCUGGACGGAGUAGUGAAUCCAUUGACGGGCGGGGGGGAUACGGUUCGGUUCCCCACCAUACCUGCACAAAUCGGCAACCUCACCACCCUCACCUACCUGAGCAUGGCAAGCAACUCUCUCACGGGCACUGUGCCAGACUCAUUCAGCAACCUCGUUCAGCUGCAGUUACUGUAUGCUCGCUCGCACACACAUGCACACAGUUACUGCAUGCACACAUAG